AUGGCAGCCAUGGUGGGUCCAUCUACCCCUAUGGGGUGCGUGCACCCCUCCUCCGCCUCCUGCGAUCCUUUAGACGAAGCAAAGUCGUCCAAGCCACGGCUCUCCUCUCCCAUGCAAACGCAACCCUUUCCACCUCUCUCCCUCACGGACCGCAUACCCAGGCCACCCGCGCCAACGAACCCCGCGGCAGUGCAAAGCUCCGCUGCAGCCGUACCCCCUCUCCCCCCGUCCCUUCACCAGAGCCUUUGCCAGAAGGUGCUUCAGGCGCGGGAUGCGCAAAGCAACAUUCCGUCGUCCUCUCCCCCAAUGUCACCCGCCCUGAAACCGCUCUUCCUCUCCCCCAUGUCCCCGCACACGCCUCCGCUUCCGCCCUUCGCGUCCGCGAGCCCUGUCGUCACGCCGUCGCUGCAUCCCGCGAGCCGAACGCCGCAUGCCGGCAGAGGGGCUCCAGGCGUCACGAAUCUGCGACAGACUCCUUCAGGCGCGGAUGAUCGCACAUAUGGCGGCAUGAAAGUCGGCAUGUACCAUCCGGAGCAGGAAAAUCUGUGCCGGUCGCCGUCCUGGCCAAGCCACAAGCGCAAGCGGCACGAGGUGCAGGACUGGUCGCCGGGCGCCCCGUGCGGCGUGCUCCGCAUGACCGCCGGGUGCCCGUCGCCGCAUCGCCUCAGCAACUGCAACAGCCCUGUUCUCGGCACGCUUGCGCCCGCGCGGCCGUUCGCGAGCGGAGGGUCCGCCGGCGCGGGGGAGGGCAUCGGUGGCAGUGGCGGCGACAGGUGGACUCCGUCGAAGAGUCCGCGGUUGAUGCCGCACCACAUGGAUUCGAAAGCGACUCAACGAUCUCCCCGCUCGGGCCGCUGUGAUGCCGCUGCUGCUGCUGCUGUGGGAUUCAGAAACAGCCCGGGAGCACCGCACCAUCAGCCGCCACCGCCGCAACAGCAGCAGCAGCAGCAGCAGCAGCAGCAGCAGAGCAUGUCUCCCGCAUCCGCCGCGCGUCUUAGCAGGAGCUACUCGCAACCCACCCUGGGUCACCAGUCGCAAGGGCAGCCGUCGCAGCAGCACAGCGCGCACACUCCGAAUAUGCUCAGUCCCUUCAACCGCCCUCAGCACCACCCUCACGCGUACCCUCAAGCGCACGGCCCGCCGUCUUCUCCGCACGAGAUCCGGCAGCACCCGUGCCCGUCUAACACACCGCAACUGCCGCAUCCUAACUAUGGCGCUCCGCAGUCCGCGCCGUCCGGCGCGCCAUCGCCUGCAGCAGCCAGGGCAUGCCCGCCUUGCCCCUCCCCGCUCGUUUUCCCGCAGCAGACCCCGCACACUCCCAGCCUGCAACCCGCGCAGGCGCCCUCCGUCCCCUCCAGCCCUGCGCCGGUGUCUUCCCCCAGCCUCUCCGGAAAGCCCGCGCUCGUGCCCAUCGCUCCGCGGAAGAUUCUCCCCGCCACCCCCACGCUUCACCCAAGCAGCAUUCCGCCGGUGGGGCAGAGAGGCGCAAAGAUCCUCGGACUUAUGGGUCUCAACGUCGCGCCCGGCGCGCUCCCAAACCUUAUGGCGCACCCUCCGCAACUGGGGUCCAUGGGGGCGCACGCGGGCGGAGUAAUGGGCAUGGGCGCGGGGAUGAGCAUGGGUCCGCCUGGCUCGUUCCCCUCGUCCUCCCCCUCCGCUCUCUCCCGCUCCCAGAGCAUGACCACCAGCAGGGUGCCUGUUCUCCCCUGCCCCUCCGCCACUGCCGCCGCUAUUGCGCGAGCGCGAGCGUCAAUGCCGCGGAGCCUCAGCGCGCCGCGUGUGCUUGCUGCGAACGGCGCUCCUGCUGCCUUAACUCCUACUGUUACCGCCGUGAACGGUGCUGGUGGUAACCUCGGCACCGGCAGCAGCGGGGGAGGUCCCAUGAUGGGCUCGCCGUUCCUCUCGCCUUCCCUUGCCGGCAAGCCGUCUCACAUCGCCGGAAUCCGUCAGCUCUGCCAGUCCCCUGCCGUCGCGCAGCUUCCGCCGCCCGCGCUUCCCAUCCACGCGCUGCCCCCGCUCGGGGGUUCUCCCGCCGUUGGCGCGGGGGGCGCUGGCGCGGGCAGCCAGAUGGGGGCUGGGGCGAACGUGGGCGGAACGAGGGCGGGUAGUGUGAACGCAGUAGCGCCAGCAAUGCGGCAGGCAGGCAUGGCUUGGGUGGACCGGCUUUCGAAUCUGGCGCACCAUCAUGCUAGCAAGCAGCAGCCGCAGCAGAAGCAACAGCAGCAGCAGCAGCAGCACAGCAGGCAGCAGCAGCAGCAAACUCAGCCCGUGCAGCAGCAAGAGCGUGUGGCAGCAGGAGCAUGCAGCUCUCCUGCUCCACGUACAAGCAGCGUGACAGGCGGCGGUGCGCCCACGGAUGCCUCGGCAGCAGGUAGCCAGGCAGGCAGCGGAGUGUGCGCAGCGGGAAGCGAGCAGCGCACGGCUAAGACCUCCGCCCUGGCAUCGGUUUCAAAGAACAAGGGAGCGAGUGCGGACGAGAGGGACAGCCGGGAAGAGGCGGAGGAGCAGGCGAAGGCGGGUGGAGCAAAGCUGGCGGCAAGCCCUAGCCUGGUGAGCAGGAACGUUCCGCUGCCGCUGCAGCAGGCUGCGCAUCAGAAGUGUUCAGCCGGUGGGUUCUCUGUUGGGCCUGGCCUCGCUGCGCUGCAGCGCCGCCCCCUGCCUCCUGUGCCGGAGGGCGAUGCGGAUGCUGCCCCUGAUGCUGCUGCCGCGAGUCUGCCCAAGUGUGAAUCCGUGUGUGAGAGCUCCGUGCCUCCUGUCUCAAACGCGGGUCCGCCUUCUGCGUUUGCUGCUGAUGCUGCCAAUGCUGUUGCUGAUGCUGAUUCCGGUGCUGGUGGCGGCACUGCGUACACGGUGGCGGCGCAGCAGCAUGCACGCAGAGCAGAGGAGAGCAUCAAGACGGAGGAUCAGCUGCAGCUCACCUACCCGGGCUGGCCUGCAGCAGAUGAGUCGCUGGGAGGGGCGGGCGGCGAGGAGGACGGCGUGACGUGGACGGAUGCAGGGCUGAUGAGGGCGGAGGACAUGGAGCAGAACGAGAUGGAGGUGCUGGAGUGGUGCCCAGAUGGCUCUGAUACUGGCUUUGUGGUGGACGGGGAGUACUACUCCGUGCCUGGCGAUGCUGCCAUCAUGCCCUCCCAUGCGGAGCUUGCAGCGUUGCCUGCUGGCCCCGGGCCUGUUACUGCUGCUGCUGUUGCUGCUGCUGCUGGUGUGUCUGUUGCUGACCCUGUGGCCGGCUCUCUGGCUGUUCACAUGGGUCGACCUGCGGCCGUGCAUGUUCCCAAUCAGCAGCCCAGCUUCAACGCCUGGCACGCUCCUCUUGCUCCGUCGCCCCAGGCUCAUGCCUGCAUGCCGCCACCGUCCUAUCGUCCCUCAGACCCAUCAGGAUUCAAUCCUGCUGCUGGUGCUGCAACAGCGGCAGGGUCUGCACAGGGCCAUGGCUUUGCCGUGAGGGGCGGAGAGCAGGGGAUGCAGAUGGAAGGGGGUGAGGAGGCGGUGGGUGGUCUCGAGAGCACUGACAGUGUGGUGGGGCUGUGGGGUGCUUAUGGGGAGGAAGAGAGGCCCCAUAGUGGGGCGCACAUGCUGUGCUGA